GGGCGGGGCGGGAUUUCUGCGCCCGCCGCCGCCUCGCUCAGCCAGGCAGCGCAGACUUGGGAGAGCCGUCGCCAUGGGAGUGGAAGGUUGCACCAAGUGUAUCAAAUACCUCCUUUUCGUCUUCAACUUCAUCUUCUGGCUGGCCGGAGGCAUCAUCCUGGGAGUGGCCCUGUGGCUCCGCCAUGACUCGCAGACAACGAAUAUCCUGUACCUGCAGCUGGGGGACAAGCAGGCCCCCAACACCUUCUACGUCGGAAUCUACAUCCUGAUCGCAGUCGGAGCUGUCAUGAUGUUUGUGGGAUUCCUGGGAUGCUACGGCGCCAUUCAGGAGUCUCAGUGUCUUCUGGGAACGUUCUUCACUUGCCUGGUGAUCCUGUUUGCCUGCGAAGUUGCAGCUGGAAUUUGGGGUUUUGUCAACAAAGACCAAAUAGCCAAAGACGUGAAGCAGUUCUACGAUCAAGCACUUCAACAAGCGCUCAUGGGAGACGCAGAUGCAAGCAACGCCAAAGCUGUAGUGAAGACUUUCCAUGAAACGCUGGACUGUUGUGGUUCUGAUAUUAUGACAUCGACUUUCACUCCUCUGUGGAGGGAUGACCUCUGUCGAAAGGACUCCAUGAAAAGCUUUUUUGAGAACACAAACUGCCACAAAAAAAUCGAUGAGCUCUUCUCUGGGAAGCUCUACCUGAUCGGUAUCGCUGCUGUCGUGGUUGCUGUGAUCAUGAUCUUUGAGAUGAUCCUGAGCAUGGUGCUGUGCUGUGGCAUAAGGAACAGCUCCGUCUACUGAGCUGUGAGAGCCGGGCAGGGGAAGGGGGGAUCAGGGCCGACGGCGCUAGAGGGGACCCCAAGUGCCACCGAGUGACCAGGAGACAUUUCAACAACAGACAAAGAAAAUUAUGUAUAUAAAUGCUUCCAAUAUUACCAUACAGUACUUACCAUUUUUAUUUUGAAGUACUUUUUUUUUUUUAAUAAAUAAAACUUGCCCGUAUC